AUGAAUUCUCCUAGGAUGAAGAAGAUUCAAUUCCUGACAGAUAGCAGCCAACGUGCACAAAGGUUAAACAACGCUGCUGAUCGAAUCCUAGAACAGAAGAUUUCACACUACAAGAGAGAAGAGAAGCAAUUACAGAAAGAGCUCGCCAACUUAAGGAAAACAAAAGAAACUCUUGAUGCAGGGAUCAAGUUGAUUUUUCCACAAAGAGGACGUAGUAACUCAGAACCAGUAUCUCCAAGAUUAUCAGAGCGAACACGUCGCGGUUCAGGUUUCUCGGUCCAUGAAACCCGCAAAUUGCCUCCAAUUGUCACAUGUAGUCCUAUUUCUUCAAGAAAAUGUGUCAUAUCGCGAGAUGAUUCCUUUGUCACUGAAAAAAAGGCGUCUUUUCUUUCACCUACUGAGAGAGAACCUGGUCCUCAGCGAGCACACUCCACUGAAAAUCUGGAGAUGAUAAAGGGAUCCAAAAACACAAGUUUAAAAGGAAACCAGGUUGCCGCUGAAGAGAAAGAGGAGGGUUCAUCACCAAACGACGAAUUGAUGCAAUCUGCUGUGAAAGGUUUUCAUAAGGUCGCAUUAGGGAGAACCCUUAGUGCAGGAAGUGUUUCAUGUUCUCCUGUUUCCAGUGGUUUAUGUCAUUGGUCAGAAACAUCUUCCUUCUUGAGCCCACUUAGUUGUCUUCCCGUACCUCCCAAAUCCCCUCAGCCACGCAAAAAGAGAAGCAACAGUCUUUUUAGCACACAAUCCAGUUCCAAAACUAACGCAGAGUUGAUGGCAGCAGCACAUCUGUCUGGUAAGUUUAAAUCAGUUGGCCAAUGUGCAUUGGGCGCGGCAGUUAUUAAGCGCCUUAACGGUACGUUUUUAGAGGUAGAAGAUAUAGAAGAAGAUGAAGAAGAUGCAGCUUGUUAUGAGAUGUUAACAAGGCGAAGACAAACUAUCGCAAAUAUUAAAAGCCCAAUGAUGUCAAGGAAAGCGAAGUCGUGCUGGAAGCAAGAAGUCAGUAGCUCCAAAGAAGAUUUUAUGGCUGGUCAGACUUAA